UUCUUUUUUUCGGUGGGUGUUCCCGUAACAGGACGUGGGCGUGAAUGUGAGACUGAGGCUCCAGCGGUUCGUGGGAAAGAGGCUCAGAAGGUUUGUGACUGUACCUGUGCGCACUCGCACUGCAUCAUGAAGCGGCCUUGUGAGGACAGCACGUCCGACAGCGACAUGGACGAAACUAUUGAUGUGGGCAGCGAGAAUAACUACUCUGGUCAAAGCAACGGUUCAUUUAUAAGAUGUGGCUCACCUACCACAACAUCUCAAGUCAUGGCCAGAAAGAAGCGGAGAGGGAUAAUUGAGAAAAGACGAAGGGACCGAAUAAAUAAUAGUUUAUCAGAGUUGCGUCGUCUGGUGCCAACAGCAUUUGAGAAGCAGGGAUCUGCCAAGUUAGAGAAGGCAGAAAUAUUGCAGAUGACAGUGGAUCACUUGAAGAUGCUCCAGGCCACAGGAGGAAAAGGAUAUUUUGAUGCUCAUUCUCUGGCCAUGGACUUUAUGAGCAUCGGCUUCCGGGAGUGUCUAACUGAAGUGGCGAGGUAUUUGAGCUCUGUUGAAGGUCUGGACUCCAGUGAUCCCCUCCGUAUCCGCUUGGUUUCUCACCUCAGCAGCUGUGCCUCGCAGAGGGAAGCAGCUGCCAUGACCACAUCAAUGACCCAUCACCAGCAGGCCCUCCAUCCGCAUCACUGGGCCGCAGCUUUGCAUCCCAUCCCAGCAGCGUUCCUGCAACAAAGCGGACUUCUGUCCUCAGAGAGUUCCUCUAGCAGGCUGUCUGAGGUUCCUCAGAGGGGCGCAGCCCUUUUGACCUCCUCCUUCACCCACAGUGACUCCGCACUCAGAGCGCCCUCUACAGGAAGCGUUGCUCCUUGCGUUCCACCACUGUCCACCUCGCUGCUUUCAAUAUCGGCGACCGUUCAUGCGGCGGCUGCUGCUGCCGCGGCACAAACCUUCCCUCUAACAUUUGCCGGAGGAUUCCCACUUUUCAGCCCCAGCAUAACUGCAUCUUCGGUGGUUUCUUCCUCUGUGAGCCCUUCCAUUUCCACAUCCACCACAUCCCAACAGAGCAGCGGAAGCAGUGGAAGCAGCAGUAAACCAUACCGACCGUGGGGGACUGAAGUGGGAGCAUUUUAAGUUUUGGAUUUGCUCUUGUUGCAUCUGGAUGUCUUCCACACUUUGUACAUAAAGGAAAGAAAACAGCUAUUUUGCCUGUUUUGGACAGCACCUUGUGUUUUUCUCUCUACGCUAAGCCAACUUUCUAGGAGAGAAAGAAAGACAGGCUUUACAAAUCAAGCUGCUUGGAAACCCAUAAGGA